AUGUAUUCUAACCGAUACCUUUGCUUAAAGAUAUUUAAAAAUAAUUACAGAGUCAGACGAUACAAGGAAUACUGUGUGAUAGAAAAUGUUUUGACUCCAAAACUGAAAAACAUUGAGGUUAACUACAAAAGAAUAACGUUGGUGAUACAUUUGAGCAGUGACUACCUUGAUCACCGGCUUGUCGAACAGGCCAAAGCAUGGGAUGGCCCAAUUUCAUUAUCAGUUGUACUUCCAGAAAAGAAUACUUUAAGCGCCAUGUAUCAUGCAGAAAAAAAGUUAAUGGAAUACGAGUCUGAUUUGUUCCCCAAAGUUUCCGCACAUUUCAUUUACAAAUCAAACACUGAUUGCACUGAUCCAGUCGGUCCACGUCCACUGCAAAAGCUGACGUAUCCCUAUAUUUAUCCAGCUAAUGUGGCGAGAAAUGUAGCUCGAAUGAUGGUAACGACGAAAUAUAUUCUGCUAGGAGACUACGAGUUUAUAUUUUCAAAAAAUUUUGAACAACAGAUGGUCACCGUAGCCGAAGUCGAAACAAAGAAGAAUCCAAAAACAGUGCUCGUUUUUAGAAUAUUUGAAGUGGAUAAGACAAUUAAACAUUUACCUAGAGACAAAAAAAGUCUUGCGAUUCUACUGAAAAAGGGUAAAGCUGUUGAAUUCCAUAAUCGUUAUUUUAAGACAGCUCAUUCAAUCGUUGGAUUAAAUGAAUGGCUUGAAAAAGAGACAGUUUUGAAGCGUAAGCCGCAAAUUCGUUUCAGGUACACUAAAAAAGACUGGGAACCGCAGUUUGUGUCUUUAACAACUAUACCCUUUCACGAUGAAAGCUUUCCCUAUUCAAUCAAAGAUAACACAGUCUUAAGGUGGGAAAUGUGUCGACAAAACUACACGUUUGCUGUAGUCAAUAAUGUCUUCAUGGUUCAUCGAGGAAUCAAGACGUCUCAGGGUAAUAUAAGCGAGAUCAGAAAGCUAGCUUCAAAACAGUUCAGAAAGGCAAUAAAAGAGUUCAAAAAAAGAAUGGAAAAUGAACAUCCAGAGACGAAAAAUUUGUGUCCUGUUAUUAAAUUGUAA